AUGUAUAGAUAUGUAAGUGUUUAUCUAUCUAUCUGUCUGUCACUGCUGACGUCAACAUCGAUUGUGCGGGAUCGAUUAGAAUUACAAAUUUCUACUGUUCAUCACCGGCACCCACAUCUGAAACCGGAUUCAUUUCCGCCGGGUGGACAAUUCAUUUCUUUGAGUUGGAACAUAAAUUUUAAUGAUGCAGCAUCUAUUGGUACACCAUAUCUCUUUCUCUCUCGCUCUCUCUCUCUCUCUCUCUCUCUCUCUCUCUAUCUCUCUCACUUUUCUUUCGGUCUUUCUCGUUUAAUUUUCUCUCUCUCUCUCUCUCUCUCGUUUACUUUGUUGUUCUCUCUCUCUCAUUCUCUCUCUCUUUCUCGUUUACUUUAUUUCUUUCUCUCUCGUUUAAUUUCUUUUUUUCUCUCUCUCACUCUUUUUCUUUCUCUCUCACUCAUUUUCUCUCUCUGCGAUGGAUAA